AAGUAACCGAUUUUUAUAUUGUUUAUAGGAAUUCGACGAUUAAAGAAAACGAAAACCGGUUGAUAUCCAAACAGGGGUGACAAAGAAAAGUAGAUGUAAGGGGUUCUGUAAUACUGGAAAAAUCCUUAAAAUACAUAUAUUUUUAAUUUACAGACAACACUUUGUUUUUCAAAUAUAAGUAUUUUUCUCUACGAUUCCUGCAAUGGCUCCCAAUAAACGAAAGUGUAUUGGUCGGAUGCAAGGUAAAGCGAAAAAAAUGAGAGAACAGCGUCACAAUGAAACUGCUUUGGCACGAAGUAAACGCCUUUCUGCGUUGCGUGAAAGAGCUAGGGCAUCUAGGGCUUUAGAGAAUACAGCAGAGCGGGAGGCCAGGCUAAGUGGUAUGGCAUACCGAGCGUCUGCAGCCAGAGCUUUAGAGACGGUAGAACAAAGUGAUGAUCGGCGACGACAUAUGGCAGAAAGAGCCGCAGUAUCCAGAGCAGCAGAAACACAACAACAUCGUGAGGAACGGCUUCAGGACAUGGCACGUCGAGCAACGGUUUCCAGAGCAGAGGAGAUAGAUGAGCAGCGUGAUGUUCGACUGCAGAAUAUGGCACAACGAGCAGCGGCAUCCAGAUUUGAGGAGACACAGCAACAACGAGAAGUUAGAUUGCAAGGUGCAAAACAGCGAGCAGCGACAUCCAGAGCAACGGAAACAGCUGAACACCGUGAGGUUCGAUUGCAGAAUAUGGCACAACGGGCAGCGACAUCCAGAUCUAUGGAGACACAGCAACAGCGUGAAGCUAGAUUGCAAGAUGCGGCACAGCGAGCAGUGACAUCCAGAGCAACGGAAACGGUUCAACAACACGAAGCGAGAAUACACGAUAUUGCAUUGCGAGGAGUACGAUCCAGAGUUGAGGAAACAGAUGAGCAGCGUGCGCUUCGACUGCAGAAUAUGGCACAACGGGCAGCGGCAUCCAGGUCCGGGGAGACACAGCAACAGCAUAAAGCUCGAUUGCAAGAUGCGGCCCAUCGAGCAGCGACAUCCAGAGCAGCGGAAACGGUUCAACAUCACGAAGCCCGAAUACGCGAUAUUGCAGUGCGAGUAUUAAGAUCCAGAGCGGAGGAAACAGAUGAGCAGCGUGCGGUUCGAUUGCAGAAUAUGGCACAACGGGCAGCGACAUCCAGGUCCGAGGAGACACGGGAACAGCGUGAAGCUCGAUUGCAAGAUGCGGCACAGCGAGCAGCGACUUCCAGAGCAGCGGAAACGGUUCAACAACACGAAGCCCGACUACGCGAUGUUGCAGUGCGAGUAGUAAGAUCCAGAGCAGAGGAAACAAAUGAGCAGCGUGCGGUUCGUUUGCAGAAUAUGGCACAACGGGCAGCAACAUCCAGGUCCGAGGAGACACAGGAACAGCGUGAAGCUCGAUUGCAAGAUGCGGCACAGCGAGCAGCGACUUCCAGAGCAGCGGAAACGGUUCAACAGCACGUAGCGCGAUUGCACGAUAUUGCAUUGCGAGUAGUACGAUCCAGAGUUGAAGAAACAGAUGAGCAGCGUGCGCUUCGACUGCAGAAUAUGGCACAACGAGCAGCGGCAUCCAGGUCCGGGGAGACACAGCAACUGCGUGAAGCUCGAUUGCAAGAUGCGGCCCAUCGAGCAGCGACAUCCAGAGCAGCGGAAACGGUUCAACACCACGAAGCCCGAAUACGCGAUAUUGCAUUGCGAGUAUUAAGAUCCAGAGCGGAGGAAACAGAUGAGCAGCGUGCGGCUCGAUUGCAGAAUAUGGCACAACGGGCAGCGACAUCCAGGUCCGAGGAGACACAGCAACAGCGUGAAGCUCGAUUGCAAGAUGCGGCACAGCGAGCAGCGACUUCUAGAGCAGCGGAAACGGUUCAACAGCACGAAGCACGAUUGCACGAUAUUGCAUUGCGAGUAGUACGAUCCAGAGUUGAGGAAACAGAUGAGCAGCGUGCGCUUCGACUGCGGAAUAUGGCACAACGGGCAGCGGCAUCCAGGUCCGAGGAGACACGGGAACAGCGUGAAGCUCGAUUGCAAGAUGCGGCACAGCGAGCAGCGACAUCCAGAGCAACGGAAACGGUUCAACAACACGAAGCGCGAUUACACGAUAUUGCAUUGCGAGUAGUACGAUCCAGAGUUGAGGAAACAGAUGAGCAGCGUGCGCUUCGACUGCGGAAUAUGGCACAACGGGCAGCGGCAUCCAGGUCCGAGGAGACACAGGAACAGCGUGAAGCUCGAUUGCAAGAUGUGGCCCAGCGAGCAGCGACAUUCAGAGCAACGGAAACGGUUCAACAACACGAAACGCGAUUACUGGAUAUGGCACAGCGAGUGACAGCAUCCAGAACAGAGGAAACUGUUGAGCAUCGAACCAUUCGGCUACAGGAAAUGCGCGAUAUGGCAAGACAAACAAGGACUAUGCAAUAUUCAGACAUGGAUUUGGCAGCAUUCCAUUACGACCCGGGGAGGAACUAUGCAGAACACAAUCAUGUAAUAAUUGGAAAAAUGGAUUCAGUGUGCAGAUAUUGCCAAGCACAGAAGUUCAAAAAUGAGUCUCCGGGCCUUUGCUGUAAAAAUGGAAAAGUAAAGCUUUUGCAGCCAGACCAGCCACCACAAGCUCUCAUGAACUACAUGUCGGGAGAUACGCCAGAAUCGAAGCACUUUCUAAAAAACAUCCGAAAGUACAAUUCGUGCUUUCAGAUGACAUCAUUCGGAGCAACAUCUGUAGUUGAGCAAGGUGGAUUUCCAUCUACAUUUACAGUGCAAGGUCAGAUCUACCACAAGGCGGGUUCAUUGCUUCCGAUGCCGGAUCAACCUCCAAAAUUCCUGCAGCUGUAUUUCAUUGGCAACGACCAAAUGGAGAUUGAUCAAAGAUGCGGCUACAUCUCAGGAACAAAACGUGAGAUUGUGGACAAUUUGCAAAAGAUGUUGCAGGAGCAUAAUGAUUUGAUCAGAACAUUCAAAUCUGCAUUGGACCGUAUGCCGACGGAUGAAUAUAGAGUAAUAAUAAGGGCUGAUCGAACACCACCAGGUGAACAUGAGCGGCGUUAUAAUGCACCCCAAGUAGAUGAAGUUGCAGUGGUCAUGUCCAGUGAUAAUUGCGAACGACGAGACAUAAUAAUCCAACGACGUGGUGAAUCGCUGCAGCGUAUUUCAGAAACCCAUCGCUCUUAUGAUGCCCUGCAGUAUCCAGUGAUGUUCCCAUAUGGCGAAGAUGGGUACCACUUCAAUCUGGUGCAAACUAAUCCGACAACUGGCGAAGCGACGAACAAAAAAGUUUCCGCGAUGGAUUUCUACUCAUAUCGGCUGAUGACUCGAGGUGCUGACUAUAAUCACAUAGUAAACUGCAGACAACUAUUUCAACAGUUUGUUGUGGAUAUGUACGUGAAAAUCGAGAGUGAACGACUUCUCUACGUGCGCUUAAAUCAACGUAAAUUGAGGGUUGAAGAGUAUGUGCACCUGAGAGACGCUGUAGCUAACGACGGAAAUAUUGACAGUCUUGGGGCUUUGGUUAUUCUACCUUCAUCGUUUACUGGUAGUCCUAGACAUAUGGCGGAGUACACCCAAGAUGCUAUGACAUACGUCAGGAUGUAUGGAAGACCGGAUUUAUUCAUUACGUUUACCUGUAAUCCAACUUGGACUGAGAUCCAGGAGAUGCUUUCGAACGGACAAUCAGCUAAUGAACGUCAUGAUUUAGUUGCGAGAGUGUUCAGACAGAAGCAACAAAAAUUAAUCGACGUUCUAACUAAAGGCCAUGUGUUCGGAGUUGUAAGGUGUUGGAUGUACACAAUUGAAUGGCAAAAGCGAGGGUUGCCACAUUCCCACAAUUUGAUUUGGUUGGUAAACAAGCUUCAGCCAGCACAAAUCGAUGAAGUAAUAUCAGCUGAGCUACCAAAUCCAGUCGAAGAUCCGGAACUCUAUGCAGUGGUAACGAAAAAUAUGAUCCAUGGUCCAUGUGGCAACCUCAAUCUCAAUUCACCAUGCAUGAAGGACAGGAAGUGUACUAAGAAAUAUCCUCGAAAUUUCAUCGUAGAAACCCAAACCGGAAAUGAUGGAUAUCCAGUAUACAGACGGCGAGCACCAAAAGAUGGAGGGCAUACAACAAAGUUGAAGAUAAGAAAUACGGAAGUUGAAAUAGAUAACAGGUGGAUUGUACCGUAUUCUCCGUUUCUAUCGAAAAUGUUCCAGGCGCAUAUCAACGUGGAGUUUUGUAACAGUGUGAAAUCGAUAAAGUAUGUUUGCAAGUACGUGAAUAAGGGAAGCGAUAUGGCUGUAUACGGGAUAGGAAACGAGAAAUCAAACGACGAAGUGAUGCAGUAUCAGCUUGGAAGAUACGUGAGCAGUAACGAAGCUGUUUGGCGGAUUUUUGGAUUCCCGAUCCACGAGAGACACCCAACUGUUGUCCAUCUUAGCGUGCACCUUGAAAAUGGCCAGAGAGUGUAUUUCACACCAGAGAAUGUGCCUGCAUUAGUUGAUCAUCCACCAAAUACAACACUGACAGCAUUCUUCCAGCUUUGUCAGGAUGAUCCUUUUGCGCGGACAUUAUUAUAUCCUGAAGUUCCACGGUACUAUACAUGGAAUGCUUCAAGUAAGACAUUCCAAAGAAGAAAAGUGGGACAGUUUGUUCCUGAACACAACGUGUUUGCGAGCGAUGCGUUGGGUCGAGUGUAUACUGUGCAUCCCAACAACGCGGAAUGUUAUUAUCUGAGGAUGCUUCUUCACUCUGUUCGCGGGCCAAGAUCUUUUGCGGAGGCUAGGACAGUGAAUCAAACCGUUUGUCAAACGUUCCGGGAAGCCUGCCAGAAGCUAGGAUUGCUCGAAGGUGAUCAACACUGGGACGAUGCUUUGCGAGAAGCAUCGUUGUUAUGUCUCCCAGAGCAAAUUAGGAGACUUUUUGCGAUUAUUUUAACCACAUGUGCUCCAUCGAAUCCAAACACAUUGUGGGAAAAAUAUAAAAAGGAUCUUAGCGAAGAUAUGCUCUACCACGUCCGCAGACAAAACCCUUCGAUUGAAAUCAAUUUCAACCAAGAUGUGUUCAACCAAGCUCUGAUUGAUCUUGAGAACAAAUGUGUGGCCAUGGUCGGCAAAUCAUUGUCACAGCUCGGUUUGCCAGCACCAACAAGAGGCGAAGAAAGAGUACUUGAAGCUGAUUACAUACGGGAAAUGAACUACAAUAAGGAGACUUUGGAUGAAUAUGUUGCGGCUAAGGAACCACUACUCAACGAAGAUCAGAAAAUAUCUCUCGGCAUGAUUAUGGAUCGUGUAACAACGCAACAGGGCGGUAUCAUCUUCCUGGAUGCUUCAGGAGGGACAGGCAAAACAUUUCUGACUAAUUUGGUUCUUGCGAAAGUCAGAGCACAAGGAGACAUCGCUCUUGCAAUAGCGUCUUCCGGAAUAGCAGCAACAUUGAUGGAUGGAGGAAGAACUGCUCAUUCUGCCUUAAAGUUACCACUUGACAUAGCCCGGCAAGAAAACCCCAUUUGCAACAUAAGUAAGACAAGCGGAAAGGCACAAGUGCUAAAGAUGUGCAAGUUAAUUAUAUGGGAUGAAUGUACUAUGGCCCAUAAGAAAGCCCUGGAAGCUCUGGAUGCAACAUUGAAAGACAUACGAGGAAACAAUAACUUGAUGGGAGGAGCUGUUUUACUGCUUUGUGGAGAUUUCCGCCAAACAUUGCCCGUCAUCCCAAAGUCAACACCGGCUGAUGAGAUUUACGCUUGCCUCAAAUAUUCGUCGGUAUGGAAGUUUGUUGUCAAGACUACGUUGAAACAGAACAUGAGAGUUCAUUUGGGGGAUGAACAUGCUGAAACAUUCGCUAACAAACUUCUGGCAAUUGGAGAAGGGAGAGUUGCCACUGGUUCUAAUGGACUCAUCAGACUUCCACCCGAUUUUUGCAAUUUGGUUUCAUCGGUAGCAGAGCUGAUCGAUACAGUUUAUCCAGAAAUUGCUAAAAAAUAUCGUGACACCUGCUGGCUGCGUGAAAGAGCCAUUCUUUCAGCAAAAAAUGAAGACGUCAAUGAGAUAAACAAUCAGAUUCUCGCUAAGCUUCCUGGGUUGGCUGUUGAGUACAAAUCCAUCGACACCGUAGAGGAAGCUGACGAGGCAGUCAAUUUCCCACAAGAAUUCCUCAACUCGCUCGAUCCAUCCGGAAUGCCACCGCAUCGUCUUUUCAUCAAAGAAGGAUGUCCCAUCAUUCUCCUGAGAAAUCUGGAUCCGCCGAAGCUUUGCAACGGCACGAGGUUAUGUGUGCAAAAGAUGCUUGGCAAUGUUAUCGAAGCAGUCAUAUUGACAGGAAAGGGACAAGGUGAAUCUGUUUUCAUUCCAAGAAUUCCACUCGUGCCAUCAGACCUCCCGUUCAGUUUUAAGAGACUGCAAUUUCCCGUAAGACUCGCGUUCUCGAUUACAAUCAAUAAGUCACAGGGACAGUCAAUUAAGCAUUGUGGAGUAGAUUUAAGAUCAUCAUGCUUUUCUCACGGUCAGCUGUAUGUUGCUUGCUCAAGAGUUGGUUCACCUAAUCAUUUGUGCAUCCUUGCUCCUGGUGGCGAAACGAAAAAUGUCGUUUACAGACAGUAUAAAUAUUUUUUCUUCGAUUUCGCAAUGGCUCCCAAUAAACGAAAGUGUAUUGGCCGAAUGCAAGGUAAAGCAAAAAAAAUGAGAGAACAGCGUCACAAUGAAACUGCUUUGGCACGAAGCAAACGCCUCUCUGCGUUGCGUGAAAGAGCUAGGGCAUCUAGGGCUUUAGAGAAUACAGCAGAGCGGGAGGCCAGGUUGAGUGGUAUGGCAUAUAGAGCGUCUGCAGUCAGAGCUUUAGAGACGGUAGAACAAAGUGAAGAUCGGCGACGACAUAUGGCAGAAAGAGCUGCAACAUCCAGAGCAGCAGAAACGCAAGAACAGCAUGAGGAACGGCUUCAGGACAUGGCACGUCGAGCCACGGCUUCCAGAGCAGAGGAGACAGAUGAACAGCGCGAGGUUCGACUGCUGAAAGUAUCACGACGGGCAGCGACCUCCAGAUCAGUGGAGACACCGCAACAGCGUGAAGCUCGACAGCUGGAUGCGGCUCAGCGAGCAACGACAUCCAGAGCAGAGGAAACGGUUAAACAGCGCGAAGCUCGGUUACACGAUAUGACACUGCGAAUGGUAAGAUUCAGAGCGGAGGAAACAGAUGAGCAGCGUGAGGUUCGACUGCAUAAUAUGGCACAACGGGCAGCGGUAUCCAGAUCUGAGGAAACACAGCAGCAACGAGAAGCUAGAUUGCAAGAUGCGGCACGGCGAGCAGCGACAUCCAGAGCGGAUGAAACAGAUGAACACCGAGCGGUUCGGCUGCAGAAUAUGGCACAACGGGCAGCGGCAGUCAGAUCUGAGGAGACACAGCAACAGCGAGAAGCUAGAAUGCAAGAUGCGACACAGCGAGCAGCGACAUCCAGAGCGGAGGAAACAGAUGAACAACGUGCGGUUCGACUGCGGAAUAUGGCACAACGGGCAGCGGCAUCCAGAUCUGAGGAGACACAGCAACAGCGAGAAGCUAGAUUGCAAGAUGCGACACAGCGAGCAGCGACAUCCAGAGCGGAGGAAACAGAUGAACAACGUGCGGUUCGACUGCGGAAUAUGGCACAACGGGCAGUGGCAUCCAGAUCUGAGGAGACACAGCAGCAGCGAGAAGCUAGAUUGCAAGAUGCGACACAGCGAGCAGCGACAUCCAGAGCGGAGGAAACAGAUGAACAACGUGCGGUUCGACUGCGGAAUAUGGCACAACGGGCAGCGGCAUCCAGAUCUGAGGAGACACAGCAGCAGCGAGAAGCUAGAUUGCAAGAUGCGACACAGCGAGCAGCGACAUCCAGAGCGGAGGAAACAGAUGAACAACGUGAGGUUCGACUGCGGAAUAUGGCACAACGGGUAGCGGCAUCCAGAUCUGAGGAGACACAGCAACAGCGAGAAGCUAGAUUGCAAGAUGCGACACAGCGAGCAGCGACAUCCAGAGCGGAUGAAAUAGAUGAACACCGUGCGGUUCGACUGCGGAAUAUGGCACAACGGGCAGCGGCAUCCAGAUCUGAGGAGACACAGCAACAGCGAGAAGCUAGAUUGCAAGAUGCGACACAGCAAGCAGCGACAUCCAGAGCGGAGGAAACAGAUGAACAACGUGCGGUUCGUUUGCAGAAUAUGGCACAACGGGCAAUGGCGUCCAGGUCCGAGGAGACACAGCAACAGCGUGAGGCUCGAUUGCAAGAUGCGGCACAGCGAGCAGCGACAUUCAGAGCAACGGAAACUGUUGAACAUCGAACAAUUCGGCUACAGGAAAUGCGCAAUAUGACAAGACAAACAAGGACUAUGCCAUAUUCAGACAUGGAUUUGGCAGCAUUCCAUUACGACCCGGGGAGGAAUUACGCGGAACACAAUCAGGUAGUAAUUGGAAAAAUGGAUUCAGUGUGCAGGUAUUGCCAAGCCCAGAAGUUCAAAAAUGAGUCUCCGGGCCUUUGCUGUAAAAAUGGAAAAGUAAAGCUUUUGCAGCUAGACCAGCCACCAGAAGCUCUCAUGAACUACAUGUCAGGAGAUACGCCAGAAUCGAAGCACUUUCUCAAAAACAUCCGAAAGUACAAUUCAUGCUUUCAGAUGACAUCAUUCGGAGCAACAUCUGUAGUUGAGCAAGGCGGAUUUCCAUCUACAUUUACAGUGCAAGGUCAGAUCUACCACAAGGCGGGUUCAUUGCUUCCGUUGCCGGAUCAACCUCCAAAAUUCCUGCAGCUGUAUUUCAUCGGAAACGACCAAAUGGAGGUUGAUCAAAGAUGCAGCUAUAUCUCAGGAACAAGACGUGAAAUUGUAGACAAUUUGCAAAAGAUGUUGCAGGAGCAUAAUGAUUUGAUCAGAACAUUCAAAGCUGCAUUGGAUCGUAUGCCGACGGAUGAGUAUAGAGUAAUCAUAAGGGCUGAUCGAACACCACCAGGUGAACAUGAGCGGCGUUACAAUGCACCCCAAGUAGAUGAAGUUGCUGUGGUCAUGUCCAGUGAUAAUUGCGAACGACGAGACAUAAUAAUCCAACGACGUGGAGAAUCGCUGCAGCGUAUUUCAGAAACCCAUCGCUCUUAUGAUGCCCUGCAGUAUCCAGUGAUGUUCCCAUAUGGCGAAGAUGGGUACCACUUCAAUCUGGUGCAAACUAAUCUGACAACUGGCGAAGCGACGAACAAAAAAGUUUCCGCGAUGGAUUUCUACUCAUAUCGGCUGAUGACUCGAGGUGCUGACUAUAAUCACAUAGUAAACUGUAGACAACUAUUUCAACAGUUCGUUGUGGAUAUGUACGUGAAAAUCGAGAGUGAACGACUUCUCUACGUUCGCUUAAAUCAACGUAAAUUGAGGGUUGAACAAUAUGUGCACCUGAGAGACGCUGUAGCUAACGACGGAAACAUUGACAGUCUUGGGACUUUGGUUAUUCUACCUUCAUCGUUUACUGGUAGUCCAAGACACAUGGCUGAGUACACUCAAGAUGCCAUGACAUACGUCAGGAUGUAUGGAAGACCGGAUUUGUUCAUUACCUUUACCUGUAAUCCAACUUGGACUGAGAUCCAGGAAAUGCUUUCGAACGGACAAUCAGCUAAUGAACGUCAUGAUUUAGUUGCGAGAGUGUUCAGACAGAAACAACAAAAAUUAAUUGACGUUAUAACUAAAGGCCAUGUGUUCGGUGUUGUAAGGUGUUGGAUGUACACAAUUGAAUGGCAAAAGCGAGGGUUGCCACACUCCCACAAUUUAAUUUGGUUGGUAAGCAAGCUUCAGCCAGCAGAAAUCGAUGAAGUAAUAUCAGCUGAGCUACCAAAUCCAGUCGAAGAUCCGGAACUCUCUGCAGUGGUAACGAAAAAUAUGAUCCAUGGUCCAUGUGGCAAUCUCAAUCCCAAUUCACCAUGCAUGAAGGACAGGAAGUGUACGAAGAAAUAUCCUCGAAAUUUCAUAGAAGAAACCCAAACUGGAAAUGAUGGAUAUCCAGUAUACAGACGGCGAGCACCAAAAGAUGGAGGGCGUACAACAAAAUUGAAGAUAAGAAAUACGGAAAUUGAAAUAGAUAACAGGUGGAUUGUACCGUACUCUCCGUUUCUAUCGAAAAUGUUCCAGGCGCAUAUCAACGUGGAGUAUUGUAACAGUGUGAAAUCGAUAAAGUAUGUUUGCAAGUACGUGAAUAAGGGAAGCGAUAUGGCUGUAUACGGGAUAGGAAAUGAAAAAACAAACGACGAAGUGAUGCAGUAUCAGCUUGGAAGAUACGUUAGCAGUAACGAAGCUGUUUGGCGGAUUUUUGGAUUCCCGAUCCACGAGAGACACCCAACUGUUGUCCAUCUUAGCGUGCACCUUGAAAAUGGCCAGAGAGUGUAUUUCACACCAGAAAACGUGCCUGCAUUAGUCGAUCAUCCACCAAAUACAACACUGACAGCAUUCUUCCAGCUUUGUCAGGAAGAUCCUUUUGCGCGGACAUUAUUAUAUCCUGAAGUUCCACGGUACUAUACAUGGAAUGCUUCAAGUAAGACAUUCCAAAGAAGAAAAGUGGGACAGUUUGUUCCUGAGCACAACGUGUUUGCGAGCGAUGCAUUGGGUCGAGUCUAUACUGUGCAUCCCAAUAACGCGGAAUGUUAUUAUCUAAGAAUGCUUCUUCACUCUGUUCGCGGGCCAAGAUCAUUCGCGGAGGUUAGAACAGUGAAUCAAACCGUAUGCCAAACGUUCCGGGAAGCCUGCCAGAAGCUAGGAUUGCUCGAAGGUGAUCAACACUGGGACGAUGCUUUGCGAGAAGCAGCGUUGUUAUGCCUUCCAGAACAAAUUAGGAGUCUUUUUGCGAUUAUUUUAACCACAUGUGCUCCAUCGAAUCCAAACACAUUGUGGGAAAAAUAUAAAAAGGAUCUUAGUGAAGAUAUGCUCUACCACGUCCGUAGACAAAAUCCUUCGGUGGAAAUCAAUUUCAAUCAAGAUGUGUUCAACCAAGCUCUGAUUGAUCUUGAGAACAAAUGUGUGGCCAUGGUCGGCAAAACAUUGUCACAGCUCGGUUUGCCAGCACCAACAAGAGGCGAAGAAAGAGUACUUGAAGCUGAUUACAUACGGGAAAUGAACUACAAUAAGGAGACGUUGGAUGAAUAUGUUGCGGCUAAGGAACCACUACUCAACGAAGAUCAGAAAAUAUCGCUCGGCAUGAUUAUGGAUCGUGUAUCAACGCAACAGGGCGGUAUCAUCUUCCUGGAUGCUUCAGGAGGGACAGGCAAAACAUUUCUGACUAAUUUGGUUCUUGCAAAAGUCAGAGCACAAGGAGACAUCGCUCUUGCAAUAGCGUCUUCCGGAAUAGCAGCUACAUUGAUGGAUGGAGGAAGAACUGCUCAUUCUGCCCUAAAGUUACCACUUGACAUAGCCAGGCAAGAAAACCCCAUUUGCAACAUAAGUAAGACAAGCGGUAGGGCACAAGUGCUAAAGAUGUGCAAGUUGAUUAUAUGGGAUGAAUGUACUAUGGCCCAUAAGAAAGCCCUGGAAGCUCUGGAUGCAACAUUAAAAGACAUACGAGGAAACAAUAACUUGAUGGGAGGAGCUCUAUUACUUCUUUGUGGAGACUUCCGCCAAACAUUGCCCGUCAUCCCGAAGUCAACACCGGCUGAUGAGAUUUACGCUUGCCUUAAAUAUUCGUCGGUAUGGAAGUUUGUUGUCAAGGUAGUGCUAUUAAAGUUAGAAAGUAGCAAGUGCGGUACUGUGCGUGAUUCUGUUAAGAAAGAAAAAGUUUUUUUCUUUGUGCACACCGCCUCACCUCCCGCUCGGCACACCGCGCCCAUCAAGUCGAAUACCCCUAUUCUGACCCCACGUGCCAGCAUUGAAGGUCCCCAACGUCCGGUCGGAGUUGGAAGAGAGUUGCAACCGCCAACACUGCACUCCGGAAGAGCCCGAUUCCCGCCAACUGGGAAUAAUUCACUUGCCGCCCACCAAAAUUGGCAAGCUAGCUGCGUUAAGUCAUUUCCACGAUGCGCCAUUGUUCACUGUGGUGAACCAGCACCGGACUGGCGACGCGACGCGAGAGGCAGAGAGAAGAGUCAAACCGUGAGUAAGCUCCUGCGGGAGAACUACAAAUGUUAUGUAAGCGUGCUUAAAGCGUAA